AUGGACCAGGACACCGAGGAGUUGAGCUUCACGCACAAGUUCGAGCACGCUUGCACGCUGCUCGGCUCUGCCCGCGCCGUUCUGUUCAUGUCGACCCCAGAUCACGACGACAUGGACGUGCACAUUCAGAUCCACAAAACAGACGCUAGCGGGAAAGUCCUUCAGUAUAUCAACAUACCAAAGGAAGACCGCGAUGCUGUCGGCAUGACCAAGGUCGAGCUCGUCAACCCCAUGGUCUAUCUUGGCCCCAUUGGUGCCCUUCGCGCAAGCUAUCGCCAGAUCGACCAGAACCUUUCUACGGAACGUUGGCCCGAGCACAACUUCUCUCAGCGCGAGAUGCUGGAGCGAGGACAGAUUGUCCAGCUCGAGAUAGGGUUGUGGCAGACUGGAAUCAGGUUCGAGGCAGGCGAACAGCUCGUCUUGAAGGUGUCCGGCCACCCAAUGACGCUGGCCGAGUUCCCUCCUCUGCGCGGUGCGAUGCAGAACGCCAACAAAGGGCGGCAUAGCAUUCACGUUGGCGGGGAGCACAUUAGUCGCCUUAUUAUCCCAACAGUGCCUUCGUCGUAA